AUGUUAUUCUAUAAGUUAACUACUUCCAGUGGUGUAUACGGCAUUUGUAUAGGUGGCCUCUCAGCCUUUUUGUACAUAACAGUUCACCAUCAAGGCGUUUCACAACAACUGGCAAUCAGGAUCAAGAAAGAAGAAAAAGAAUUCAGCGAUCAAGGACGAAGAAGAAGUCCCGAUCGACCAGGGGCUGAAGAAGACUUCUACAACGAUUAA